AUGUCUGAUACUGAAAAACGAGAGAAUACAAGAUCUACCAAUUCUUUUGAUAAAAUUGGAAUGAAAAUGAAAACUGAUAAUGAAAGUUUUGAUAUCAGUGACUCAUCUUCUGAUUCAAUACACUUAGCUGGAAUGAAGUCUCCAUUUCGAUGGGAGAGUGAACAAGAAACUUCUGAUAAUCUUUAUGGUUUAAAUCCACGAUUUAUAGAAUCCAUUGGCAUUAAACUUCCUCUGGAUAAGUGGGUUCAUGUGUCAAAUCGGCAAGAGUGGUGCGGUCCUACACCAGAUGAAUACCUAAGCACUAGAUAA